AGCUGGGCAACUAUGGAGCCGGACGGCACGUAUGAGCCGGGCUUUGUGGGUAUCCGCUUCUGCCAGGAAUGUAACAACAUGCUGUAUCCCAAGGAGGACAAAGAGAACCGCAUUUUACUCUACGCCUGCAGGAACUGUGAUUACCAGCAAGAAGCCGACAACAGCUGUAUUUAUGUUAACAAGAUAACUCACGAAGUGGAUGAACUGACCCAGAUCAUUGCCGACGUGUCCCAGGACCCCACGCUGCCACGAACCGAGGACCACCCGUGCCAGAAGUGUGGCCACAAGGAAGCAGUGUUUUUCCAGUCCCACAGUGCUCGCGCUGAGGAUGCCAUGUGCCUCUACUACGUGUGCACAGCACCACAUUGUGGUCACCGCUGGACUGAGUGA